AUACUGACGAAGUCACCGAUUAUUAAAAAGAAAAAGAACAAGAAAAAGAAACCCCGAAAACGAGAGAAAGAGAAAGAGAGGGCAGUUGAACAUUGUCCUAUGCUCCCCUCGAAAUACACAUACACACAAGAUACACCCUCCAAUUUUCAUGCCAGCUGGUUGUUGUUUUGCUUUUUCCUAAAUUUCAAGACUUUCUUCGUGUCCGCAUUUGAUACCAUGAAUUUGGUCGAUCGUAUAGGCGUUUAUCUUUGCCCUUUCAUUUCUGCUUGCCUUUUUUUAAUUCUUUAUAUCAUUGUUGCUAUUAUAUCCUCUCCCGUUGAUGAUUUACACCUGAUAGGCAUUACUUGAUCAUGCUGCUUAUAUCAUUACUUGGUAUUGAAUAUUAUGUCAUUUCAA